AUGGCUGAGAAGCGUCUUAUGAGUGAGCUCCAGGCUCUACAGAAGGAGAAAUGGGUUUAUAUUGAGGUAAACGAGGCGGAUAUCAAGAAAUGGGAUGUUGGCCUUAUGGUUGUGAAUCCCGACAGUGUCUUCUCCGGAGCCUAUUUGAAGGCUGAGAUGACGUUCCCCUCCGACUACCCCUACCGGCCUCCCACGUUUCGAUUUACGAAGCCGAUCGUCUACCAUCCCAAUGUGUACCCGGAUGGCAGGCUUUGCAUCUCGAUCCUCCACGCCCCCGGCGAAGAUGAGAUGUCGGGAGAGCAAGCCUCCGAGCGCUGGUCCCCCCUCCAAGGCGCCGAAUCCGUUCUCCGAUCGGUCCUCUUGCUCCUCGAUGACCCCGAGAUCAAUUCUCCCGCCAACGUCGACGCAUCCGUAACCUACCGUGACAAGCGUGUCGAAUACAACACCCGAGCCCGCCAGGUCGCCGAGCAAUCCCGCGCCGGCAUCCCCGUUGGCGUUGACUUCCCCACCAGCGAGGAGCUCGCAGCCCCUCCUGCUAAGAGCGGACUGGACGAUGACGAUUUCAUGAACGAAACGGACGAGGAGAGCAUUGGUGGCAGCGAUAGCGAUAGCGACAUCGACAUGGACGAUUUUGAUGAGGAUUUCGACGAAGAGGACGAUGACUAG